AUGGCUCUCAAUCUCCGCCAGAAACAGACUGAAUGUAUAAUCCGGAUGCUGAAUCUGAACCAACCUUUGAAUCCAAGUGGGAAUGCAAACGAGGAAGUGUACAAGAUCUUGAUCUACGACAGAUUCUGCCAAAAAAUCCUAUCUCCAUUGAUCCAUGUCAAGGAUCUUCGCAAGCAUGGAGUCACACUCUACUUUCUCCUAGACAAGAAAGAUCGAUUGCCUGUUCAUGAUGUUCCCGCCGUGUACUUUGUUCAACCAACUCAAUCCAACAUCCAAAGGAUCAUCACAGAUGCUUCAAACUCUCUCUACGACACCUUUCAUCUGAAUUUCUCGUCUUCCAUCCCUCGCAAGCUUCUCGAAGACCUUGCUUCGGGGACUCUCAAGUCAAGCUCCGUUGAGAAAGUCUCAAAGGUGUAUGAUCAGUAUCUGGAGUUUGUGACUUUAGAAGACAACUUGUUCUCUCUUGCUCAGCAAUCUACAUAUGUUCAACUGAAUGAUCCAUCAGCUGGGGAUAAAGAGAUUGAAGAGAUAAUCGAAAAAGUUGCUAGUAGCUUGUUCUGUGUCUUGGCAACGCUCGGUGUUGUCCCUGUUAUCAGAUGCCCUCGUGGUGGACCUGCAGAGAUGGUGGCGUCGUUGCUGGAUCAGAAGCUGAGGGAUCAUCUCUUGUCCAAGAACAAUCUGUUUACUGAAGGAGGCGGUUUCAUGAGCUCGUUUCAGCGUCCGCUCUUGUGCAUUUUCGAUAGGAACUUUGAGCUCUCUGUUGGGAUUCAGCAUGAUUUCAGAUACAGGCCUCUCGUCCACGACGUGCUCGGGUUAAAGCUGAACCGAUUAGACGUGCAGGGAGAGAAAGGAAGUGGAAUGAAGUCGUUUGAGCUUGACAGUUCUGAUCCGUUCUGGUCAGCGAACAGUUCUCUGGAGUUCCCUGAAGUCGCUGUGGAGAUCGAAACACAGUUGAACAAGUACAAGAGAGACGUCGAGGAGGUUAACAAGAGAACCGGUGGUGGGAGUGGAGCUGAGUUUGACGGAACGGAUCUGAUUGGGAACACGAAACAUCUCAUGAACGCUGUGAACUCUCUCCCGGAGCUAACCGAGAGGAAGCAAGUGAUUGACAAACACACCAACAUCGCAACCGCGCUCUUGGGACAGAUCAAGGAGAGAUCUAUCGACGCUUUCACUAAGAAAGAAGGUGACAUGAUGAUGAGAGGAGGGAUCGAUAGAGCCGAGCUUAUGGCUGCUCUAAAAGGCAAAGGCACAGAGAUGGACAAGCUCAGGUUUGCAAUCAUGUACUUGAUCUCCACAGAAACCAUAAACCAGUCAGAAGUCGAAGCCGUGGAAGCAGCGUUAAACGAAGCCGGUGCUGACACGAGCGCGUUUCAGUACGUGAAGAAGAUCAAAUCUUUGAAUGUAUCUCUUGCAGCUUCAGCGAGCUCAGCAAGCAGAAGCAACAUUGUGGAUUGGGCCGAGAAGCUUUACGGGCAGUCUAUAAGCGCGGUUACAGCAGGAGUUAAGAACUUGUUAUCUAGUGAUCAACAAUUGGCGGUGACUCGAACCGUUGAGGCUUUAACAGAAGGAAGACCGAACCCAGAGUUCGAUUCUUAUCUGUUUCUUGACCCGAGAGCUCCCAAGUCUAGCUCCGGCGGUGGUAUUCACGUGAAGGGACCGUUUAGAGAAGCUAUAGUGUUCAUGAUAGGUGGAGGUAACUAUGUUGAGUAUGGGAGUUUGCAAGAGCUGACUCAGAGACAGUUAACGGUUAAGAACGUUAUUUAUGGAGCCACUGAAAUUCUUACCGGAGGUGAAUUGGUGGAGCAGCUUGGGGUUUUGGGAAAGAAGAUGGGUUUGGGAGGUCCGGUCGCUUCGUCGUCGGCAUCGUCUGCCGGAGAAAAUCUCCAAGCUUAUGAUCUCGAACUUUUAAAGGGGCUGGGGAUGGCUUGUAAAGAGGAUACUAAUGCUUCUGCACAAGAAUUUUUAACCACUGAGAUGAUAUGCAAGAGUGAAUUGGAAUCUCGUCGGCUGCAGGUAGAUAGUUUAGAAGCUGAGCUUUUGGAUGUUAAAGCUUACCUUGAGUUUGGCUCAUCAGACGAAGACGCCAGAAAGGAGGUAGGUGCUCUUUCGGGAGUAAGAACAACUGCGACAAUGUUGCGCUAUUUGAGAUCAAAAGCUAGAAUCUUGGCCAUUCCCUGCGAUGUGGAACAAAUGGAGCUGAAAGAAAGUGGUUCGUCUUCGGGUGUAGAGGAUAGAGCCUAUGCCAGUGAGAUGCUAGAGUCGAUAGAGAUGGUUACUCGCGUGUUGGAGUCUCUCGUUAGGAGAGUUACAGAAGCAGAGUCUGAGACGGCUCUUCAUAAGGAGAUGGUACUUUUGGGAGAGGAAGAGAUUUGUAGAAAGACGGUCCAAAUCGAGCAUUUGUCCGUGAGGUUAGAAGAGAUGGAGAGGUUUACUCAUGGGACUCACGGUGUUAUGGAGGAGCUGCGGGAAAGGAUUGACGAACUUGUUGAAGAGACGGCGAGACAAAAGGAAAGAGCUGAGGAAAAUGACGAGGAGCUUCGUCGUGUGAAGCGAGAGUUCGAGCUGCUUAAAGCCCAUGUCACCACUUUCACCAGUGUUAGAGACACACUUCUUUCUUCCGAGAGACAAUUCAAAACCAUCGAAAGCCUCUUUGAACGGUUGGUGAUAAAGACGUCACAGUUAGAAGGAGAGAAGGCGCAGAAGGAGGCUGAAGUUCAGAAUCUGAUGGAGGAGAAUGUGAAAUUGACAGCUCUUCUUGACAAGAAGGAAGCUCAGCUUCUAGCUUUGAAUGAACAAUGCAAAGUCAUGGCUUUAAGAGGAUCAAACAUCUGA